AUGGAAGGGAACCAGACUGUCCUUCACCCUCCGCCUUCCAACACCAAGCAGGGAGAAAGAAAACCACCUAAGGUGUUUGCCUUUGAUCACUGCUUCUGGUCCAUGGAUGAAUCAAACACCACAAAAUAUGCAGGUCAAGAAGUGGUGUUCAAGUGCCUUGGAGAAGGAAUUCUUGAAAAGGCCUUUCAGGGAUAUAAUGCUUGUAUUUUUGCCUAUGGACAGACAGGUUCAGGAAAAUCCUUUUCAAUGAUGGGCAAUGCAGAGCAGCUGGGUCUGAUCCCACGGCUCUGUUGUGCUUUAUUUCAGAGAAUCUCUGUGGAAGAAAAUGAAUCUCAUACUUUUAAAGUUGAAGUGUCCUAUAUGGAAAUCUACAAUGAGAAAGUCAGAGAUCUGCUUGACCCAAAAGGGAGUCGACAGUCCCUUAAGGUUCGAGAGCACAAAGUGUUGGGACCAUAUGUAGAUGGCCUGUCUCAGCUGGCUGUUACAAACUUUGAGGAUAUUGAGUCACUGAUGUCAGAGGGAAACAAAUCACGAACUGUUGCUGCAACCAACAUGAAUGAAGAAAGCAGCCGCUCUCAUGCUGUAUUCAAUAUUAUAGUGACUCAGACACUUUAUGACCUGCAUUCUGGUAAUUCUGGAGAGAAGGUCAGCAAGGUCAGCCUGGUGGAUUUGGCUGGGAGCGAGAGAGUGUCCAAAACAGGAGCUGCUGGAGAACGUCUGAAGGAAGGCAGCAACAUAAACAAAUCACUUUCAACACUGGGCUUGGUUAUAUCAUCACUGGCUGACCAAGCAGCAGGGAAAGGGAAAAACAAGUUUGUGCCUUACAGAGACUCUGUACUCACUUGGCUUCUCAAGGACAACCUGGGAGGAAACAGCCAAACUGCCAUGAUAGCCACAAUUAGUCCAGCAGCAGACAACUAUGAAGAAACGCUUUCUACACUGAGAUACGCAGACAGAGCCAAAAGGAUAGUUAAUCAUGCUGUGGUGAAUGAAGAUCCAAAUGCUAGGGUCAUCAGAGAAUUACGGGAAGAAGUUGAAAAACUGAAAGAGCAGCUCUCUCAAGCUGAGGCCAUGAAGGCACCAGAACUGAAGGAAAAAUUGGAAGAAUCUGAAAAACUAAUAAAAGAGCUAACAGUCACCUGGGAAGAAAAGCUAAGGAAAACAGAAGAAAUUGCACAGGAGAGGCAAAGACAGCUAGAGAGCAUGGGAAUUUCCCUUGAGUCUUCAGGUAUCAAGGUUGGGGAUGACAAGUGUUACCUGGUGAACCUGAAUGCAGACCCUGCACUCAAUGAGCUUUUGGUUUACUAUUUAAAGGAUCACACAAGAGUUGGUGCAGAUACAUCUCAGGAUAUACAGCUGUUCGGUAUAGGAAUCCAACCAGAACACUGUGAGAUUGAUAUUGCUUUAGAUGGAGAAGUUACACUUACACCAAAAGAAAAUGCAAGAUCCUGUGUAAAUGGUGCACUGGUAUGUUCUACCACUCAGUUAUGGCAUGGAGAUAGAAUAUUAUGGGGAAACAACCACUUUUUUAGAAUCAAUUUACCAAAGAGGAAACGACGUGAUUUGCUAAAAGACCUUGAGAAGGAAACUUUGUUAGGAGAGCAUGAUCUGGAUGCAGCUAGUGAAGCUUCUUCAGAACCAGACUACAACUACGAGUUUGCACAAAUGGAGGUUAUUAUGAAGACACUGAAUAGUAAUGACCCAGUACAAAAUGUGGUCCAGAUCUUGGAGAAGCAGUACUUGGAAGAGAAGCGGAGUGCUCUUGAGGAGCAGCGGCUGAUGUAUGAACGUGAGUUAGAGCUGCUGCGGCAGCAGCUCUCUCCAGAAAGGCAGCAUCAGCAUGGCAGUGACAGACUCUCCUACACUGCUCAGACUGCACAGCAGAAAGUAAAUCUCUGGACAGAAGAGAGGGAUGAAUUGUUUCGACAGAGCCUGGCUAAACUUCGAGAGCAGAUCGUAAAGGCAAAUACACUGGUGAGAGAAGCAAACUUCUUAGCAGAAGAAAUGAGUAAGCUAACAGAUUAUCAAGUGACACUUCAGAUCCCUGCUGAAAACCUCAGUGCCAACAAAAAGAGGGGUGCAAUAGUAAGUGAGCCUGCUAUUCAAGUGAGAAGAAAAGGAAAAGGUACUCAAGUGUGGACUAUUGAGAAACUAGAGAACAAAUUGAUUGACAUGAGAGACCUCUAUCAAGAGUGGAAGGAGAAAGUUCCUGAGAUAAGGAAGCUGAUGGGCAAGAGAGGCGACCCCUUUUACGAAGCGCAGGAGAACCACAACCUAAUUGGGGUGGCCAACGUGUUCCUGGAGUGCCUCUUCUGCGAGGUGAAGCUGCAGUAUGCCGUGCCCAUCAUCAGCCAGCAAGGGGAGGUUGCAGGACGAUUGCACGUUGAAGUAAUGCGAGUCACUGGGUCUGUCCCAGAACGUGUAGCGGAAGGAGAUGACUCUUCUGAGAACUCCAGUGAGAGUGGGAGUCUGGAAGUCAUGGAUAGCAAUGGAGAAAUUAUUCAUCGAGCGAAGAAGCUCUCAUGCAGGGUGAAAAUCAAAGAAGCCACUGGACUGCCACCUAAUCUCUCCAACUUUGUCUUUUGUCAAUACACGUUUUGGGAUCAAUGUGAGUCAACGGUAGCGGCACCAGUGGUAGAUCCAGAUGUGCCUUCGCCUCAGAGCAAAGAUGCUCAUUUUACAGUGACUUUCUCUCACUGUAAGGACUAUGUGGUGAAUGUCACAGAGGAGUUUUUGGAGUUCAUUUCGGAAGGAGCUCUUGCUAUUGAGGUGUGGGGUCACAGAUGUACUGGCAAUGGCAGCUCUGUUUGGGAAGUUGAUUCUCUUCACGCUAAAACUAGGACACUGAGAGACAGGUGGAACGAAGUAACCCGAAGAAUAGAAAUGUGGAUUUCCAUACAAGAAUUGAAUGAGAUGGGAGAAUAUACUGCAGUUGAACUCUAUCAGGCAAAAGAUGUAAACACAGGGGGAAUUUUCCAGCUUAGGCAGGGUCAUUCUCGCAGAGUUCAGGUGACGGUGAAACCUGUGCAACAUUCGGGAACAUUGCCUCUCAUGGUAGAAGCAAUUCUUUCAGUGUCUAUAGGUGGUGUGACUGCCAGAUCAACCAAACUGCAAAGGGGCUUGGAUAGCUACCAGAAGGAGGAGGAUGAUGGUGGUGAUAUGGAUAGUUACCAGGAAGAAGAUUUAAACUGUGUACGAGAAAGGUGGUCUGAUGCACUGAUAAAGCGCAGAGAAUACUUAGAUGAGCAGAUUCAAAAGAUCAGCAAUAAACAAGAAAAAUCUGAGGAUGAUCUAGAACGAGAAGCCCGGCUGGUCGAACAGUGGGUAGGGCUGACGGAAGAGAGGAAUGCAGUGUUUGUUCCAGCACCAGGCAGUGGAAUUCCUGGUGCCCCCGCAAACUGGAUUCCACCUGCAGGAAUGGAAACACAUAUACCUGUCCUCUUCCUUGAUUUGAAUGCUGAUGACCUCAGUGCCAAUGAACAACUUAUAGGUCCCCAUGCAUCAGGAGUUAACUCAAUACUACCAAAGGAGCAUGGGAGUCCAUUCUUUUAUCUGCCGAUCAUAAAACACAGUGACGAUGAGGUUUCAGCUACUGCUGCUUGGGACUCUUCUGUCCAUGAUUCAGUGCACCUGAAUAGAGUAACUCCUCAAAAUGAGAGAAUUUACUUGAUAGUGAAGACUACUGUGCAGCUCAGCCAUCCCGCUGCAAUGGAACUGGUAUUACGCAAAAGGAUUGCAGCCAAUAUUUAUAACAAGCAGAGUUUUACCCAGAGCCUGAAAAGGAGAAUAUCCUUGAAAAAUAUAUAUUAUGCCUGUGGAGUGACCUAUGAGAUAGUAUCCAAUAUACCAAAGGCUACAGAAGAAAUUGAGGAUCGCGAGACCUUAGCGCUGAUGGCCGCAAGGAGUGAGAACGAGGGCACAUCUGAUGGCGAGACGUACAUUGAAAAGUACACACGUGGCGUGCUGCAAGUGGAGAACAUUUUGAGCCUUGAACGACUAAGACAGGCAGUCACAGUCAAAGAGGCACUCUCCACCAAAGUGAGGAACAUCCGCAGAAGCAUCAGCACUCCAAAUGUCCACAAUGUAUCCUGUAGCCGACUAGAUCUUUCUGCCUAUGAUGAAGAUGAUAAGGGUUGGUCUGAAAGUCACCUAGAUAUAUCUGACUGUUCUUCCAGUUAUCAAGAUGUAUCAUGCUAUGGUACUUUACCCAGGGAGUCGCCUCGCAAGAGCAAAGAUGGCAGUGGUGGGGUAGCAGAAAACUCCCAUGCUUUAAUGGCCAGCCCUUUUAAAGCGUUUUCUCCUCAGCCACCAAAGUUUUUCAAGCCCUUAAUGCCAGUGAAAGAGGAACAUAAAAGGAAGACACCCCUUGAAAGCCGACCUCUGCUUAGUCAAGAGGACUCCGAGGAGGAAGACAGUGAGUUGGAGGCCAUUAAUAAGAAGCUGAUAAGUCCACAAAGUUUUCAAAAUUUCCGGCCUUAUGUACCAGAGGAGUUUGCUGACUUCAGUGUUUACAAUGCUAGCCUGGAGAACAGGGUGUGGCUUUCUUCUAAAUCAGACUUCAUGAGUUCACGUGUUCUUGAGAAAGAGGUAUCCCGCAGCCCCACCACUAGCAGUAUUACUAGUGGCUACUUUUCCCACAGUGCCUCUAAUGCUACCCUGUCUGACAUGCUUGUUCCCUGUAGUGAUAGCACAGACCAGCUAGCCAGUCACACCAAGGAACUGGACUCUAACGAUCCCUCGGGAUCAUCUCUUGCACAUGAUGCAAGGUCAUCUUUGAACAAGGAAUGUCGAGAGUCAGACAAGGAGUUACCAAGAGAAAAGUUACCUGUGUUACCACUGAAAGAAAACAGUGCCUUAAUGGAACAAGUAUCACUGUCCCUUGACGCCACUGAGGGAGACUCUCAGCAGUUACCCAGAGCUGGAUCACUUUCAGCUUUAAGUUCCUCGGAUGGCAAAAGUACCUGUUGUACAAUUGAAUUUUCAGCACGUGAAGCAACAGUUGAGCACAUGACGGACGUUCUGGAAGAUCACUCCUUUACAGAGUUCAUGGGUGUUGAAGAUGGAAAGGACUUUGACCAUUCGGCAGUUCCACAGUCGUGUUCCCUUGUGUCCUCUAAUGGUGCGAGUUCCUCGGAGUUGCCCCGAGGUUCUGACAAGGAGCAGAGCACGUGCGUGGGCCAGCUGGGCUCUGUGGCGGCGGCGGCAGCAGCAGGCCACCGGCUUGCCGACACUGUGGAAAGCCCUUUGUGUUCUGUACUGGUAAAAGAGACUUCAGACUGUGAGACUUACCCUGAUGCUCCUGUAGAUGAUUUUGUUGGGAAGGACCACUUGGAUGGUUCUGAUUGUGAAGAAGGUGCUUCUGCAGAUCAAGCCCAAGUCUUGCCUAGCUGGGUGGCAGUGGGUGAACAAGUCUGUGUUGGAAGUAAUAAGAUGGGUACGGUGAGAUACGUUGGAACGGUGGAUUUUUCAGCUGGAAUCUGGGUUGGAGUUGAACUUAAUGUUCAGCUGGGGAAGCAUGAUGGAACUGUGAAAGGCAAAGAGUACUUCCACUGCAAACCACGCCACGGUGUCUUCGUUCGUCCUGGGCGCCUCAGCAAAGCACCAGCUUCCGCAAGGAAAUGGAGUAGCACUUCACGGUCUCAGGCAUCUUCCACUUCAGAAAAACGGAAAAAUUCUGUGCUUCAAGGCUCAUCCUCCACUCCUAAAACAGGAGGAGAAGUCCUGUGCCAUUCAGGAGAUGCAGCGGCUUCUGCUUUUUCUAGGAAACAGGAGAACAGGAAAUCUUGGAUUAACUAAACUGCAGUAUUUUUGCACUUACUACACGCAUCACUGUGUAGAAAACUAUGGAUUUUUCAAGCUAUUGUACAUUUUAAUCUGUCUAUACAGAAUGUGUAUUCUCUAGAGUCCUUGACUUAAUUCUCUAAUUUUUUAUAAAUAAUAUAUAUAUAAUAUAUAUAUAUAUGAAUGUGUAUCUAUAGUUUGCCAGUGGGCAGAUACAGCUGCACACUAAAAUACAGUUAAAGCUGAUCUGUAGAUAACUGAGGUACUGGACUAUUUGUUACGCAACAACUUGGGAGAUA